UGAUUGUUUUGCAAGGUUCCGAAUAAUUCUUCUUUUUUUUGCGAUGAGCAAAUUUGCCUUUGACGUUAGGGGAAGCAGAAAAUUUUAGUUUGGUUAGAGAGAAAAACACCAAAGAGGUAGCAUUUAACAAGGAAGGAGCAAAGAUGAUAUAGGACUGAGGGGAUUCGGCGGAGAUGACGCAGUUGCUUUUGAUAGACCUAGGAAUGGCUAUGAUUGCAGCCCCUCAGCGAAUCAUGGAGAAUUAUACAGGUUGGCCUUUCGGAAGUUUCAUGUGCAAUUUCCUUGUUUCCAUUCAAGAGCUUUUCGUCUCUGUAUCAGUCGUGACUCAUACGACCAUAGCGCUGGAGAGGUACCGGACAAUUCAACAGCCCUUUAACAAACGAAUUAACCAGAAAACGGCAAAGUUUUUGGUAGCUUUCAUUUGGUUAGGCUGUUACGUGUCCGCGGCCUUACCCCAAGCUGUUAUACUUGAGCUCUAUAAAGGACCUGAUGGCAGAGUUUACUGCACUCCGGAGUUCCCAUCGGAUGAAUUCCGCCGCGUGUACGAAGUUUACCUCGUCGUGUUGUUCAUCACGGUUCCUCUAUUCAUACAGUCGUGGUGUUACGUGAACGUAUUCAUUGUCGUUUACCGAGAACUAAAACGUGCCUCCGAAGGAAACGCUAACAGAAAGGACAUUCUGAAACGAAUCAAGCAAAAGAUUCACGUGGUGAAAGUCCUGGUGUGUCUUGUUGCUGUUUUCCAGUGUUGUUCAAUUCCUCGAGGUGUUUUGAUGCUGAUAAGGGAAUUCGAAGACGAUGUCACAAUGGCAACGAACCAGGUUUUCUUUUACGCUGACGUCGUUUGCCUUUUUGCGUACUAUGUUAAGCAUACGGUGAACCCGAUUAUUUUGUGGAGUACAAGUAAAGAGUUUCGAUUGUGCUGAAGAAAGUUGUCAUAUUGCAACAGACACGUUGAACUA